AUGUCCACCACCAUCUUGCCGGAAAAGAUGGGCGGCGUUGAUCUUGUUCCGGUUGAGGUAGGGGCAUGCGGUACAGUGGGAAGCCUCGUAAUGAAGGAGAUAGAGUAUUUCAGAAGGCUCGAGUCUGAAUUACGUGGAGGUGAUGAUGAUGGAAGUUCGGUAAAAAACUCUAGAAAACCUGACAAGCAUUGUGGUGAUGGUGGUGGUUCUAACUUUUGGCAUAGUUUCGGUUUCUUGACCAUCAUAUGGCGGAGGGGGAAGAGCAAAGGUGGCGGUAGUGGUAGGUUUUUGCCUAGAAUGUGCACCAUGGUGCACGUCGCUGUUAGCCGCCUCCACAGCCGCCAAAAGCUAAGCAAGAUUCCGAGCUUCAGUUACCAAAAUCUUAAAGACGAAGUUAACUGA